AAAAGAAUAAGAAGAAGGAACGAAGAACCAUCUCUCUAUCUCUCGAGCCCUAAGUAACUCACCGAACACACUCAUACGUCAAGAGGAAAUGGCGCAAUUCAUGAAGCUACUCGUGACAAUUGCAUUAACAAUGGCAAUCACAGUCGCCAUCACCACCACCACAACCACCAACGCCACAACCACAAAAUUUGCUCUCGAAUAUCCUCUUAAGGACCACACACCACCAGGAGCGGUUAAGGUUAGACCGAGUCGGUUCUUGGCAGAAAAAGUCGACAACGGUCAUGGACCUAAAGCACGUAACCCAAAUGCAGCUGACCAUUGCCACAAGGAGCCAGAGAUCUGCAGCCGCAGCUAUUACAGCACCGGAGCAAACUCUACGAUGGCUUGUUGUAACAACAAAUGUAUGGAUUUAUCAACCGACGACAAAAACUGCGGUGCGUGUAAGAACAAAUGCAAGUUUGGGCAAACAUGUUGUCGCGGUCAGUGCGUUUACGUGGCUUACGAUAAACGCCACUGCGGUGAGUGUAACCAUCGUUGCGAACUAGGCGAGUUCUGCGUCUACGGUCUUUGUAACUACGCGUGAUGAUUCAAUCAUCCAUUCACGUCACGCUCACGUAAAAAAACUG